GCUGCGGAAUCGACGAGCGUCGGGCUGGCAAGGUCACGAUGCACGACCAGGUGGCAGUCGUGCGGGCGGAGGCCCCCCGGCCAGCCCCGAAGAGGAGGGUGGCGAAGUGGCCCGACCACGCGGGGCCGCCGUGCCACGAGGGGCCGCCCUCGGCCAGCUCCGUGCGAGGUCGAGACGGCACGACGGGAGGAAGCUCAGCAAGGAGAAGGCGGAGAUCAGCAGCAGAGGCAGCAUGCGGCGUCCGGAGGUCGGAGCGCCGCCGGGUGCACGAGCAGCACGGCGAGCCGCUUCUCUGCACAGAGCACGUGCUCCCUUGAGGGGACGUGCGAAGGCUUCUCGACGCCCUCGCCGCGCCAGAUGUCUCCUCGCAGCAGCUACGGCAGGGAAUCGCUCAGCAUGUCGUGUACCCCGCGGCCUGGGGCACUGACGCUCGCGGACGCCGUCAGGCAGCGCUCGUCGUGCGGCUCCCGCAGCUCGCCCCUCGCCUCCGUGGAGUCCAUUGAAGAUUUGGGGUUUGCCCAGUACGUGUCCCACUUCAGCCCAGCUCAGGAACCGCUUGUGCCUCAUCAACGCAGCGACACACAGUUGGUCAUGCACCCGGAAUUGGUGAUGCCCCACGCGCACAUCCAUCUUGCUAUACCUGCAAGGCUCUUGGAAAACAAAGUGUUUACUUUGGAUGUCCUUGGCCUCUCUGGUGCACCUUUAUUAGGUGCAUCUGUGGUUAGCGAGGAGGAUGGAACUCGGACAAUCCGAAUAUCACAGCCAUUCACUGGCAAGAUUCUAGCAUCCUGCAACUCGUCAUUAGAGCUCUUAGGGCCAAAUUCUGAAAGAGUUGGCAACGUUUGUGCAAGCGCGCGCCGUGACAAGGAGUUCUGCCUGAAGGACGCGAGUGGUACUUGUCGCCUUUUCCUCAGGUGGGAAGUCGAGGGCCAAACAAUGAGCAUCUUGAGUUCGGCGCACGGUGAGGGCGCAGCAGACAUCGGCACGCUGGAAUUGAAAGAGCCAGGGAGGCUGCCUCGUCGACACUACGAAAUGGUGGUGCGCCCAGGGGUAGAUGCAGUUCCUCCACUGGCCAGCUUUCUUGCGCUGAUGGUGUUCAUCAACCCGGUGGAAGGUAUCCGACGUGCGGCGCCCCGUUCCCGCCAGGCCACCCCACGUGGCUUGCGAGCCUUCGAGGAACUGUCGUGCAUUUCAGCAAACACCUCAACAGUCUGGCGCUCCCAGGGGGCAUAGGGGAUCUACUUCCACAAGCAGCCAAGCAGUCCAUGAGGACCAGCUGGCGAUGCGGGAGUUCACCAUCAGGAGGCCGCUGUGGCUGAUGCCGCCGUUGGGAUCCACGAUUUUAGGUGUAGUGAAUGCUUGCCGGUUGCAUUUUGAAAUUCGGAGCGAAUCACCACGUCGUGAGUAGUUUUAAGAAUUGCCCGUCAGCAAGAAACGAAACGCUACAGCAUAUCUGAUCGGCUGGUUACGUACGGUGAUUCGCAUCUGUGUCGUUCAGUAUUCAUUUUCUUGUAGUGAUGACUCACUCCAACACCCACUGAACUUGCAGAUAGUAGAAUACUCGCAAAUGUACUUCGAUUUAGGCAGUAGUAUAGGAUUAACUGCCUUGCGAUUGCCGUUGGCAAAGCGCGCUGAUUGCAAUUCGUUCGCAACCUCAAGAGAAGGUUGUCGCAUGGUUGCCAAGGCCCUCGUUCGGAAAUGAGUGCUCACAACCAUGAUCCAGGCAUUCAUGGAACAAGACUGCUUAUCUGGCAUCGGCUGCCGCGCUGGCUCACUUACGAUUUGUUCGCCACUCAGUCGUCCAAGGAUUACCGCUGGAGACAGCGCCACGGGUCCUCCGAAGCCAGAAGGUUCUGUUACCGAGGUGAAGCCGA